CGAGAGCAGCCCGCGUUCGGUGGGAGUGUUGGCAAACCAAAUGUCGUUUGGAGGCUUGUGCUGGAGCCUGCUGGUCCACCCAGAGCCCAGCUCAGGGAGCGAGGCCAGAGGCCGUGCUGUGGGGCUGUACCAUCUGCAGGAAGGCCCUUGGAGCUGGCAUUGAGCUUAAUUCUCUAAGCCUUGGGUACUGAAGGAAAGAUGUUAGUGCUGCAGAGUUAGGAUCUAUGAGAAAAGGUAACUUGAGAAAACACUGCAGAUUUGGAGCUGAACCCACAGCCUUCUAGGACAAAAAACUCCCCCCAGUGAAUGUGCAAGUUUUGACUGGAGCUAUACUUGUUUGGGAAGACUAUGGAUAGGUACCAGAGCUGGCAGCAGAGCUGUUGGAAUGGCAUCCUCCUUGUGCUGCUGUGGAGCGCCGUUUCCUGGGCACAGAGGGACUGCACAGGGGCAGAGUGCCAGCCCCUGGACAACUGCAUUGAAGACGUGCUGGAGCCCGGCGAGUGCUGUGCCACGUGUCUGCAGCAUGGCUGCACCUGUGAAGGAUACCAGUACUACGACUGUGUCAACGUGGGCUUCACCAACGGCAAAGUACCCGAAGGGCAGUCUUACUUUGUGGACUUUGGAAGCACUGAGUGCUCGUGCCCUAAGGGAGGAGGAAAGAUCAGCUGCCAGUUCAUGCUGUGUCCAGAACUGCCCCCAAACUGCAUCGACGCAGUGGUGCCAGCUGACGGGUGCCCUCAGUGUGGGAGGAUAGGUUGCCUCCAUGAGGGUCAGAAGUACGUAGCAGGGCACACCUUCCACAUGCCCCCCUGCAAGGUCUGCCAUUGCCCCAAUGCUGGUGGGGAGCUGAUGUGUUACCAGCUUCCAGACUGUAACACCUAUGCCUUAAACACUGCAAGCCCAAUAGAUGCUGAAGAUAGCGAACCAGAGAGGCAUUAUGACGAUCCCUACAGCUAUGACCAGGAGGCACCAGAGGGAGACAACACCCAGGUGGAGUCUCCAAAAAAGUACAGGAGUUUUUCAUCCCACCUAGAGCAAGAGAGCAUCAGUCAAGAGCAAGGUGAGGAUUAUGACUACCCACCAGCCAGCGUUGCUCCUUCAGCUGUGGCUCCAGCCGAUCCGUACACCGAGGAGCUGGCUGUGCCGCUCACCACGGCAGCGCCGAAAGCCCCGGCAGAAGUUCGCAGCGCCACAGAGAGAAGCGAGCGCAAGCGGGUGCCCCGCACCACGGCAGCAUCCCUGCAGCAAGCAACGCAUAAGGAAGCACCAGCAACCACCACUGCGCCUCUGGAGCACACAACAGCCACCACUGAGGCACCCAAGCAGCUGGAGGAAUCGGAGAGGAGAACAAAGGGGAAGCAUGGGGACAAAGAGAGGCAUGAGCAAGACAGAGCUCCCCACUCUAAGAUGAAAAAGCACGCCAGAAAAGAAGACCUGGGGAACAGCAUGUACCUGGGCUUGAAGGAGGUGAAUUUAACAGAGCCGAGUCGGUCAAAAUCUGCCCAUGAAACCCGCGAGGGAAACGCUUUCCCCAAGGUAAAGUUCAGUGCAACAACCUCUCCUCUCGUUGCUCUAAAGGAAGACCGUAGUCAGUCAUCCCAAAAGCAGUCACAGACGCUCUAUCGUUACCACCCUGAGGAAGAUGGGGACCCCAACUCUAUCCACGCCAACCCCAGGUUACCCGAAGGUUCCACAAAGGAAUUGAUUGAGAGCUGCUGUGGAGCUGGCCAGCAGUGGGCUAUAGACAACGGGGAGUGCACAGAGAUCCCUGUAAGUGGAACAGAUGGUGAUAUCUGCAGAGUUGCUCAGAAGCAGUGCUGCGUGUCCAGCGUGAGGGAGAACAGCUGCCUGGCCGGCAUGAUCGCUGCCAAGGAGGGUGAUGCGUGCGGGCCCGAGGAGAGCGAGUCCUGUGGGGGAUCAUCGUAUAAGCAAUGCUGUGAUUGCUGUAACCUGGGCCUGCGGUUAAGGAGCGAGGGGAAAACCUGUGAGUCCAAUGUUAAUCUGGGCUAUCCCUGCAGUCAUGUGAUGCUGUCUUGUUGUGAAGGAGGAGAUCACUUUGUCCAUCCAGAAAUAAAAAGGCAUCCUGAGCCUUUGCCAACAGUGACACCUGAGAAAGUUUCAGAGACAGAAGAUCACAAUGAAGCUUUGUCCAUCAGUAACGAAGCUGAACUGUCAAACAGCCUGCCUGGAGAUGACCUGGAUGAAUGUCUGCUCUAUGGUGGGGAGCUCUGUCAGCAUUUGUGUAUCAACACCGUGGGCUCCUACAAGUGCUCGUGUUUUCCAGAAUUCGUUUUGCAAGAAGAUGGGACCAGCUGCUCUCCAGAUCCUGACAGAGGCCAGGUGACAAGGCUGGAAGCAGAAGCCACCAUCCCACCACCAGCCUCCCCUUCUCAACCUCUUCUCAUUGUGUCCUUACAAGAAGAGCAGGAUAAGUGUAAAGAUAAUGGCCCCUGCAAGCACAUCUGCAAUAUUGAGGAAGGAGAUGUUGUGUGCUCAUGUUUGGCUGGGUAUACUAUCAUGGCUGAUGGGAUCUCUUGUGAAGACAUUAACGAAUGCGUAACAGAUUCCCACACCUGUCAGCGGAGGGAGCACUGCGUCAACACGGUCGGGUCAUUCCAGUGUUUGCAGGAACUGAGCUGUCAGCCAGGUUAUGAACUGAAGGAUGGAGAAUGUGUUGAUAUUGAUGAAUGUGAGAGAGGAAGUCAUAGCUGUAAAGUGAACUUUGUGUGUCAGAAUACGGAGGGAUCGUUCUACUGUGAGUCAAAGCAACGCUGCAUGGAUGGAUUUUUACAAGACCCAGAAGGAAACUGUGUUGAUAUUAACGAAUGCACAUCUCUCCCUGAGCCGUGUAAACCAGGAUUCAACUGCAUCAAUACCGUUGGGUCUUACACCUGCCAAAGGAACAUGCUGACGUGCAGCAGAGGUUACCACUCCAACGAGGAGGGAACCCGAUGCGUCGACGUGGAUGAGUGUCAGACCGGGCUGCACCGCUGCGGCGAAGGGCAGGUUUGUCACAACCUUCCCGGGGCCUAUCGCUGCGACUGUAAGAUGGGAUAUCAGUACGAUGCCUUCAGCAGGAGUUGCAUCGAUAUAAAUGAGUGCUGGAAUUACCCUGGGCGCCUGUGUCAGCACACGUGUGAGAACACCCCUGGGUCCUACCACUGCACUUGCUCUUCUGGUUUCCGCCUCUCUUAUGAUGGGAAGCACUGUGAAGAUGUGAACGAAUGCGAUGCUAGUCCCUGCAGCCAGGAGUGUGCCAACGUUUAUGGUUCCUAUCAGUGUUACUGCAGGCAAGGUUUCCAGCUAGCAGAAGAUGGGCAUUCUUGUAAAGACAUCGAUGAGUGCACCCAAAGUGCAGGCAUUCUGUGCACCUUCCGCUGCGUGAACGUCCCUGGGAGUUAUCAGUGUGCUUGUCCUGAGCAGGGAUAUACCAUGGCAGCAAAUGGAAGAACCUGUCGAGAUGUGGAUGAAUGUGCAAUAGGAACCCACAACUGUUCAGCAACAGAGACUUGCUACAACAUCCAGGGCAGCUUCCGCUGCCUGUCCUUCGAGUGCCCGUCCAACUACAGAAAGGUGUCUGACAUGAGGUGUGAGCGAAUCAGCUGCUUUAACUACCUGGACUGCCAGAACACCCCAGUGCGCAUCACCUAUUACCAGCUCAACUUCCAAACCAACAUCGUGGUCCCAGCUCAUAUUUUCCGCAUUGGACCAUCACCUGCCUACGCUGGAGACAACAUCAUCCUGACUAUCAACAAGGGGAACGAAGAGAACUACUUCAGCACUCGCAGGCUGAACUCGUACACGGGCAUCGUGUAUCUGCAGCGACAAGUGAAGGAGCCCAAAGACUUUUUGUUAGAUGUGGAGAUGAAGCUGUGGCGUCAGGGAACAUACACUACUUUUCUUGCCAAAAUAUACAUUUUCAUCACGGCUCAUGCCUACUGAAGCAUGUAUUGACGUUGGAUUUUAUUGGUGCUAUUGCUCUUUAACUGUUCUACCAAAGCUUAAUACUGUUGAACUGCCAUUUCAUGUAUCUAGCCUUUAUAUUAUUUUUCUAUCAUUGCUUUAAACUUUUUUUUUUUUAUUGGUUGUGUAAAUUAAGUUAAUUUUUAUCUUUUGGGUUUUUGUUUUAGUUUCUGACUCAGUUCUUUACACCAUCGUUUGACAACAACUGAAGGAAGGGUUAGAAAGGCAGCACAUGCAUUGUGUUAAAUGCUGGAACCUUUUCUUUGGACUCAUUCUAAGGUUUAGUCACGUCUGCAGGGUGUUGCACUAGCGAGGAAAGGUGUUCACUUGGGAGUACAGGUUUUUGCCACUAAGGGGGAAAAAAGCCUUGAACAAUUUCUCCUGGUUGCCCAAAGGUGUGGUUUGGGCCUCACUGAGGUUCCUCAGCAUUGAGCUGCUGCGUGGAAGAGGCCAUGUGUGGGCACUGACCAUCAGCUCUCAUCUCAUGUCACCAGGUUACUUUCCUCCUUCCAACUUUCAUAGUAUAUUGCCUAAAAAUAUAUCUAAAUAAAAGAAAACUCCACCAGUGAAUGAGCAUACGAAUGAGUGUUGCUUUAGUGGGACUACUCAGAGGUGAAAUACUUGCAAGACCAAGGCCUUGAGGGAAUGUCAUCCUUUAGGGCAAAAACUCACUUUGCCAUCAUUAGUGGUUGUCUUUACAGGUGCUGGGAUUCCUCUCUGCACAGACUCAUCCUGUUUAGGAGACUUUAGGUGCAGAUCAGAUCCUUUGUAAUUCUUAAAAGAGUAUCCAAGAGGAAACGGGGAAAUGAAAUAAUCAAUGACUACUCCUUAUUAUCAUCCUGAUUAGAAUCAAUGACUGCUUGGGUGUGCUGCUGAGGAGUCACUUGCAAUUUUAUGUAAACAAAAAGGGGAGUUGCUUCUCCCCUUCAGGGAAGUUACUUCAGUAAAUGACACAGAGGACAAUGCCAGAGACAUCAGUGGUUUGUAUUGUAUAUUUAGAAGACAGCACAAGGGUUUUGAGCUCCAUUUCCUCUAGUUCUACAGGAAACUGGGUGAGAUCUGGAGCUGAAAGCCAGAGGUGCCAAAGCACAGUAUCAUUGUAGUGGCUGGUAGAGUUUAAAAAAGAAUGUCACAACUACUUUAUGGCUGAUUUCUUCCUUUUUCCUUCCCCAAAAAAGUGAAAAAAAGUGUUGAAAUUUGCUGAACUUCCUUUGAUCCAGCUAUAAACAUCCUGCAAAAUGCUUUAAAGGAAAAGCAUAGCUACAGUAUAUCGAUGGUUACCACACUGCAGUUCAGCAACCAUAGACUGCCACGUUGGAAGGAACCUCAAGGAUUAUCUGGUCCAACAUGCCCUUGUAAAAUAUCAAUCUUACAGAAUCUCUUCUUUUCUACAGUUGGUCUUAUUUUGACCAAUGUGUACACCAAAAAGAAACCAACCAAGAAAACAAAUCUGAUGGGAUUUUAUGCCAUAAUCCACAGUUUUAUUAUAUUGUGAAAUAUUUGAACUUCACCUUAAAACCUUGUGAACACCAUGAUUAUGAUGAGAAGGGAGGUGUCCUGUGUUCACUACAUAUUUCAAGGCCAAUCUCUACUGCUCCUUUAAUUUGGACUCUUAGUGAUAGCAGAAUGCAAAUCUUUCUAUAUCUGAUAUGAUAAAGACCCAUUACCAGGGAAAAAAUCCUGUUGCUCCCCACCUGUGAAAUAUGGGGUUACGUGUGAGCUUGCAUACAUUAAUCUUUCCUUUGUUCUAUCUAUAAAAACUGUUCUGUAGAACUGAUCUUCUUCCAUCCAUCUUUUGCUUCCCAUAGUUAACAGUUUCAGGAGUGUUUAGCAGGGAGGUACCAACUGAGAAGCACAUGCUGAUGCAAUUUGUUGUUUCAAUGAAUGCAUAUCUUAGAGCUCCAGGCCUGGCAAGAUGGAGAGGCAGGCGCAGCACUGAGGAGAGACCUUCAGCUCUGUUAUGUGUGGUACCCAUGUGAGGUGGGGAUAUGUUUCUCUGUGCCCCAGUGGGGCACAUCAGGAGUCACCAGAACCCAGAGCUUUCCAUCAGCAUUAGCAUUUGAUUGAGUGUGAAUGAUAUUCAAGCCUCGACGCUCGCUCUUGUCAGAGAAGAAAUGGACAAGCCAUUUGUUACUUGGAGACCUUUUGCUGACUAAAGCCAGCCAUAGUCAAUCAUAUUAAGGAUCUGGCAGUUUGUAACACCGGCUUUUCAUUUUCUAGACAGGUAAUUGAUGAGGGAAGUUUUAGGAAAGGCUUUGCAUACUAUUACAAGAAAACGCUGUUAUAAAAACUCCUUGUCUUCAUCAACACCGUGCCAGAAACACUUGAGCAGUGCACGGGGUUCAAGCAAAGGAAAGGCUACAGUAGAUAAUUUCACAUUCUUCUGUUCCCCAAAUAUCCAGAAGAAUCUUUUUAUCUCCUACCAACCCACAGCAUCUUCCCUGUCAGGUUUGGCAGGAGCUGCAAACCAGAGACAGCACAGCAACCUUUGCUUUUGCCUAGGACAGGGCUAAUACUUGAACAGACACGUCCACCAAGGACUCCGUGACUGGUGAGGAUUGUGUUUUCACUGUGUCACAAUGGCUUUGGACUCCAGUUUCACUCUCCUUCACCUGGUCUAGCUCCGAGAAGGCCCAGCUCCCCGUGUCAGUGAUCCUUGUCUUGCUUUGUUCGGCCGGGUGACUUAGAGAAUGUGAAUGUGCAUGUACACAAAAGAGGUCUCAGUGCAAAGAGUUCAGGCCUGAACUAUACCUUUAUGACCUCUUAUCCUUUCUUAAAGCAGCAACAGCUCUUCUGAAUUCUCUCUUGAAAAGCCAUACUUAUCUUCUUUUCUGUUUUCCUUUCUCCAUCUCUAGCAAGUGAGUUAAGCAGCUUUUCUUGUGGCCCCCUCCCAGCCCUUGCCUGUUUGAGCUGGAUUAAGAACAGCUACCCAAGAACUGGGUGUCAGUGCAAGGUGAUAAAUUCAUGAGGAAGAGAACAGCUUCAAACCUAAUAAAGAAUUACAGCAGACUUUGGGCAUAGGAUUAUAUGAAUGUAAAAGUUCAUGUGAUUAGUAUUGGAAAUGGCCUUUAUGUGACCUGUCUGAACAAUGCACGUUCUGCUUAGCUUUGCAGGUUGCUCCUGUCUCUGACAUCCAACCUCUCUGUUGUAGCACUUGGCUGUUGUACUCCUUGGGAGAUCCAAUCAUCCCAGAGACUGAGGAAGAUCAAAUGUGUCAACAAAAGGAGGAAGAAAAUAAAACCUGAGUGUUUGCUGGAAAUUUGGUGGGUCUGUUAUGGAAUUAAGCAUCAGGUUUUCUUUUGACUGGAAUUUACAUAACAUAAAGUUGAAAUGGCA